AUGCGCCCUCACGACGUCCUCAUCAUCGGCGGUGGCCCCGCCGGCCUCUCCACAGCAACCUACCUCGCGCGCCAGUUGCGCACCGCCGUCCUCUUCGACUCGGGGGUGUACCGCAACGCCCGCGCCGAGCACAUGCACGGCGUGCUCGGCUUCGACCACGCCGCCCCGGCCACCCUGCGCUCCAAGGCGCGCGCCGACCUCCUGGCGCGCUACGAAACGACGACCUUUGUCGACGACGCCGUGACGCGCAUCGACAAGACGCCGCAGGGCCUCUUCCGCGCCGUGACGGGCGACGGCCGCACGUGGCACGGACGCAAGGUCGUCCUCGCGACGGGCGUCACGGACAUCAUGGCCCCGAUCCCCGGCUUCGACGCCUGCUGGGGCCGCAGCGUCUUCCACUGCCUGUACUGCCACGGCUACGAGUCGCGCGGCGCCGCGACCGCCGGCGUCCUGACGGGCGGCUUGGUGGCGCAGGCGGCCUUGGGCGUGCACAUGGCAUGGAUGGCCAAGCAGCUCGCGGACCGCGUCACCAUUUACGCCCACGGCGACGAUGCCAUGGUCCGUGACCUCGAGGCGGCCAUCGACAAGACGCCUUUUGUCGUCGACGCGAGGCGCAUUGCGCGGAUGGAGCAUGGGCCCGGCGAGACGGAGGUGACGCUCUACUUUGAAGACGGCACAUCUGUGACGGAGGGCUUCCUGGCUCAUGGACCUCGUACCAGGGUCAACGGUCCCUUUGUCGAGCAGCUCAGCCUCGACCUCACCGAAAGUGGCGAAAUCAAGACGGUCAAUGCCUUUGGCGAGACGACGUGUCCAGGGGUGUAUGCGGCCGGCGACAACAUGCAAAUGAUGAAGGCGGUGCCCCUAGCAGCGGCGGCGGGCGUCAUCGCCGUGGCUGGUUUGAGCGGACCCUUGAGCAGCGAGCCGCAGGUGGAGGUAGACGUGGAACAAUAA